GAGGAAAGUAGGCAGGGGGGAAAAACAAGACCUACCAGAAAGAAGAGGUGGGUGAUAACCACAGCCAGCUGAACAUGGAAGGGGCUCUGAUUGCCCGGGACAGAGUUGGGGUACAGGACUUCGUUCUUUUGGAUUCCCACACCAGUGAGGCUGCUUUCUUGGACAACCUUCGCAAGCGAUACAGAGAGAACCUCAUCUACACCUAUAUUGGUACCCUUCUAGUAUCUGUGAAUCCCUACAAAGAGUUGGAUUUCUACUCAGUUAAACAGAUGGAGAUUUAUCAAGGGGUCAACUUUUUUGAACUGCCACCACAUAUAUAUGCCAUAGCGGACAAUGCCUACCGGGUAAUGUGUGCUGAAUACAAUAACCACUUCAUCCUCAUCUCUGGGGAGAGUGGCGCUGGGAAAACAGAAGCCUCCAAGAAGAUAUUGCAGUACUUUGCAGUGACCUGCCCGACUACGGAACAGCUGCAAAUAGUCCGUGAUCGCUUGCUGCUCUCCAAUCCAGUUCUGGAGGCUUUUGGAAACGCAAAAACUCUGCGUAAUGACAACUCAAGUAGAUUUGGAAAAUACAUGGAUAUCCAAUUUGAUUUUAAGGGAGCUCCAGUAGGAGGGCAUAUCCUCAGUUACCUGAUUGAGAAAUCCCGAGUCGUUCAUCAAAACAAUGGGGAACGGAAUUUCCAUAUCUUCUACCAGAUGCUGGAGUGCGGGGAAGAUGACCUGCUUCGCUGGCUAGGACUGGAGCGCAACCCGCAGAAGUACAUGUAUCUUAUACAGGGUCGAUGUGCCAAAGUGUCUUCCAUUAAUGACAAGAGUGACUGGAAAACAGUCCGCAAAGCCUUCUCUGUCAUUGACUUCACUGAAACAGAUAUUGAGCAUCUCUUUGGGGUCAUUGCCAGUGUCCUGCACCUGGGGAAUAUUCAGUAUGAAGAAGAUAGUAACGGUCAUGCCAUCAUCACCAACGGCAGCCAGAUCAAAUGGAUCUCAAAGUUAUUGGGCGUUCACUUAUCCAUUCUACAGGAAGCUCUUACGCACAGAAAGAUAGAAGCCAGAUCAGAAGAGGUCCUAAGUCCCCUGAACAUAGACUUGGCAUUCUGUGCUCGGGAUGCAGCAGCUAAGGCAAUUUAUGGACGGACUUUUACUUGGCUAGUCAACAAAAUUAAUGGAUCUUUAGCCAACAAGGACCUCACCAGGAAAACGGUGAUUGGGCUGCUUGACAUCUAUGGGUUUGAAGUGUUUGAUACAAACAGUUUUGAACAGUUCUGCAUUAAUUACUGCAACGAAAAGCUCCAGCAGCUGUUAAUCGAAAUGACUCUGAAGGCAGAGCAGGAGGAAUAUGAGAUGGAAGGCAUAGAGUGGGAGCCAAUUCCAUAUUUCAACAACAAGAUCAUCUGUGACUUGGUUGAAGAGAAACACAAAGGAAUAAUCUCCAUCCUGGAUGAAGAAUGUUUACGGCCUGGUGAAGCAACUGAUUUAAGCUUCCUGGAAAAGUUGGAAGAGAAAGUAGGAGAUCAUGCCCACUUCCUGACCCGCAAGCUUGCAGAUCAAAAGACACGAAAAUCAAUUGACUGGGUGGAUUUCCGUCUCCUUCACUAUGCAGGGGAGGUCACUUACUGCGUAGUAGGAUUCCUAGAGAAGAAUAACGAUCUCCUGUACAGAAACCUAAAAGAGGUACUGUGCAAGUCUAAAAAUGCCAUAAUUAAAGAAUGCUUUCUUCCAUCUGAGCUAGACAACAGGAGACGGCCUGAGACUGUUGCAACCCAGUUCAAAAACAGCCUGGCUAGCCUAAUCGAAAUCCUGAUGUCCAAGGAGCCUUCUUACAUCCGGUGUAUUAAACCCAACGAGGGCAAAGAGCCUGGAAAGUUUGAUGACGUCCUGAUAAGACACCAGGUGAAGUACUUGGGGUUGAUGGAGCACUUGCGAGUGAGGCGAGCUGGCUUUGCAUACCGGCGAAAGUAUGAACUCUUCUUGCAAAGGUACAAGUCCCUGUGCCCGGCUACUUGGCCUCAUUGGCAUGGACCAGCAGCUGAUGGUGUGGAGAGGCUCAUAAAGCACAUUGGGUACAAACCUGAAGAAUACAAACUAGGAAGAACGAAAAUAUUCAUUCGUUUCCCAAGGACUCUGUUUGCCACAGAAGAUGCAUUUGAAUACAGCAAACACCUGCUAGUUACGAGAAUACAGGCCAGAUACAAAGGCUGCUUAGGGAAGAGAGAAUACAAGAAACAGAAGGAAGCAGCUAUUAAGCUCGAGGCCUGCUGGAGAGGGGCGCUGGCACGCAAAGAGGCCAAGAGAAGAAUUUGGGCUGUUGAGACCAUCAAAAGGUUUAUAAAAGGCUUCAUCAAUCGAAAAAAUCCUCUUUGCCCAGAAAACAAUGAGUUUAUAAGCUUUGUGCAGUACACCUAUCUCACGAAGCUCAGAGACCACGUUCCCAAAAAUGUCUUGGACAAGAACUGGCUCAAGCCUCCUGCUAUCUUGGAAGAGACCUCUGAGAUGCUGAAGAAAAUCUGCAUGAGGAACCUCGUGCGACAAUAUUGUCAAGGGAUUACAGCUGAGAAGAAGGCCCAGUUGCAGCAAAAAGUAGUAGCGAGUGCCCUUUUCAGAGGGAAGAAGGAUGGCUACCUGCAGAGCGUAAGCCAGCCCUUUGCAGACACCAGGCUAAGUGAGAAAGAAAUAAACCCCAAAGUACUGCAACUAAUUCGUGGUGAGAAGGUCAAGUUCCCAGAAUUUCAGGCCAAUGUUGCCUGCUUCCUGAGUUGUCUCCAUCGGAACCUAACCUCAGUGGGAGCUGCUAACAUUCACAUGUUGUUUCAGUAUGUGACGCCAGUUGUAAAAUACGACAGGAACGGGUUUAAAGCACGAGAACGGCAACUUCUUCUGACCCAGUCCGCAGCUUAUGUGGUGGAAAUGGCCAAGAUCAAACAGAAAAUAGACUAUGCGACUCUGAAAGGUAUUUCUACCAGCAAUCUGAGUGAUGGGCUCUUGGUCAUCCAUGUUCCUGAGGACAACAAACAGAAGGGAGACGUGAUCCUUCAGUGCGAGCACAUCUUUGAGACCGUCACAAAGCUCAGCAUGCUGGCCAAUAAGCAAAACACUGUCCAAGUUGUUCAGGGAAGCCUCCAGUUUCACAUCAGUUCUGGGAAAGAAGGGAUGAUAGCUUUCACAACUGGGCAGGAGCCUCAGAUCUAUAAAGCCAAAAAUGGACGCCUAACAGUGGUGUCAACCAGAACAAAGUCCUGAUGGUGAACAGGAAUUCCUGCUUUGCUUAUCACUAUCUUUGCUCAUAACAGAAAGGAACCCACUGGAUGAGAUCAGCACUGACAUCUUCCAGCUGAAAGCUUUCUGCUGCCAUAAGACUGUUGUGAUUUGAGUUCACCUGCAUCAUUUCAGCUCUUUGGGGGUUUUUUUAAACUAAAGUUAAUAUUCUAGAUUCCAUUAUGUUGCUGUAACAUUCCAAUUGAUGUAGAUUCUAGUUACUAAAUUUCAUAAAUCUGUUUAACCCAAACGAUGAAAUUCUCUGAUAUGCAAAGUAGCUGUCUUAACUUACUGGGUAAGUAAAGUUAAGAUCUUAACCCAUCCAGGAAAGACUUUGAGCAAAAACAAAAGGGGUUGAGUAGGGAUCAAUGAGCAAUUCAUGGCACUAACCAGGAGUAAUUCACAAACUGCAGGCAAAUGUGGCAGUAUGAUCUGGAACCAUCUCUGCCCCCAUGAGAGACAGCCUAGACUUCACCCUGAUGCACCAGAGACUAAGUGGGCAGAGUGAGUGUGCGCUCUGAACAUUCUCUUUACUUGACUCAACAUAGUACUAGAUGAGGUUGCUUAGCUGGAAACCUCAUUCACCCAGCUUUCUUUCUGGCCAGUUAGUGCCUAUAGUAGACAGAAGUCUUCGAGUCAUUCUUCAUGUUUGGUAUAUUGAUGGCUAUACACAGUGCACUGUAUGAGUACAAGGCACUGAAAAUAGUAAUGAAAUGAAAAUAAAAGAUGGGGGGAAAAACAUUCUUUGACUUUAAAUUUAAUUGAGCUGAAACAAUAGAAUGUAAGAAUGGCCGUACUGGGUCAGACCAAAGGUCCAUCUAGCCCA